AUGAACUUUAUGGAUAUGGAAAAAUCGGUUUAUGGAGGAGAUUUGGAGAAUGACGCGGAAUUAUUAGCCGAAUUGGCUGCGAUUCAAGAAGAAGAAUUGGGAAAAGCGGCGCCAACUAAAAGAGCUGGAAAUGUUAGAGGAGGUGCUGGAGGUAUGCCGGGAAUUGAUCAAAAAGCAUUGGCUGCAGCGCUGGCUGAUAAUCAUGAUGAUGGAAAUGAUGAAGAAUUAGAGAUGGAUGAGGAAUUGUUGGUUGGUGGAAGGGGAAGAGGGAUUCUGGAGCAGAAAAUCUUGGAAAUCCGGAGAAUUUUGGAAAUUUUGAGCUCAAAUUUUUCGAAAUGAGACAGAUUUUGAGCCGAAAAUUUGGAAAAAGCUACAAACUUUUUAGAUUAUUCUACUUAAUUUUGAGCUCAAAUUUUUGAAAUAAGUUAUAUUUACACCUGAAGAUAAAAGAUCCCAAUUUUAAAACAAAAUUAAUUUUUGAGCUAAAAAAAUUCAGAGUGCUUUGAAUUUUCAAGGCGUUCUCUUUGGGCUCCAGCUUUUGUAUCUAAUGUGAAUUUUGAAAUUUUGAGCUCAAAAUUCUCAGAUUAUGAAAAAAAGUUCAAAUUCUGUGCUCAAAAAAUCACAGGAAUAUUACAAAUUUUUAAAUGAGUUGUAUUUGAAGGUUUCGAAGCUCCCAAUUUUUAAUAAAAAUUAAUUUUUGAGCUAAUUCGAUCUGAAUUUUUUUGAACGCAAAUUUUGAGCUCGGGAAUAUGUAGAAAAUUUUCAAAAAUAAUUUUUUCAGCCAGAACGUUUGAAAGGUUCGAAUUUCUAAUCAAAAUUAAUUUUUGAGCUAAUUUUGAGCUCAAAAUUCUCAGAUUAUGAAAGAAAGUUCAAAUUCUGUGCUCAAAAAAUCACAGGAAUAUUUGAACUUGGAUUUUGAAUUUUCAUUUUACUAGCAGAAAUUGUUGAAAUGUUGAAACAGUACAUUUUUGGGGACAUUUUUUCACCCAAAUUUUUUGAUGCUAACAAAAAUUGGAUUAAAAAUUUUGCAAAUUAUAAAUUACUUAAUAAAAAUUUGAAACGUAUUCUGUAGACUUGUUGUUUUUACAAAAAAUUGAGAGUUCCAGAAUUUUUUUCCAGAACGAACUUGCUGGAAUUGUUGGACCUGGUGAAAGCACCUCUUCUUCAUCCCAACCACCACCAAUUCCACGUCGAUCUUCUCCACUUUCUCAAUCUUCUCAAGCUCCACCCCCAAUUCCAUCUCGAAACAUCGCAGCUUCAAAUCGCGACGAAUCACAAAUCUCCCAUCUCCGCCAACUUCAUUCAGUCUACUCGAAAAUGCUCGAAACCGCCAAGAAAAACGGGGAAAGCGCCAAAGAAAGACGAUACGAAAGAGCUGUUGAAAAACUCGUGGAAUUGAUCAGUGCGGCGGAGAAGGGCAAGAAAAUCGAUCCGGCUGAUAUUCCAGCAACACCGCCGAAUUUCCAACCAGAUCCACAUCCCACUGCAACUGUUGCGCAACCAGUUCAACAUCCACAAGGGUCGACGAUGAGAGAAGCCGCGCAAGCACCGCCUCCGAUACCACAAAGAAAACCUUCCGCUCAAGCUCCACCCACUUCUGGAACUUCUUCGUCGAAGAAAGAUGAGAUUUUGAGAAUUCUAAUCCAUCGUCGUGAUCUAUACGUGGCAAAUGGUAAAGCUGCAAUCGGCGCACACGACAAAGAAUCGGCCAAAGAAUUUGUGACAAUGGCGAAAUCAUUUGAUCAAGCGAUUUCGGCACUCAAACAACAGGAAAAUGCAGAUGGAAUGGAUUUGGAGGAAGUUCCACCAUCUCCAAAACCAUAUCGGAAGAAGGAGGCGGUGCCGCUAGUUCAGCAGCCAGUUCAGGAAGCACCAAAGCCAAGAGCUCCACCGAUUUCAGCACAACCUGCAACAUUUUUAGAAGCUUUACAGCAUAGACAUCAGAGAUAUUUGCAAAUUGCUGAGAAAGCUAAAGCUGAUGGAAAUGAGCGAAAAGUUCGGUGAGUGAGGAUUUGGGGGAAAUUCAGAUUCCACGUGGAAUCGGAAAACCAUGAAUUUCAGCUUGAAAUUCGGAGCAUUUUGACAUGCUCUCUAAAUUUCGAGCUGAAAUUACUUAUGAUUUUCAGAUUCCACGUGAAAUUUGGAGCGUUUUGAGCACAAACACCUUCAUAUUUAGGCUUGAAAUGAUCCAAAAUCCACUUGGAAUCUGAAAACCAUGAAUUUCAGCUUGAAAUUUUGAGCAUUUUGACGUCAAACUCACCUGGGAUCGUUUUUUUUUUCAAAUUCUGAAAAUCACCAGAAAUUUUGAGUUAUCCUAAUUUUGAAUUUUUAAAUAAUGUUUUUGAAAAAUAUAUUUUAAAUAAAAAAAUGUAUCCGAGCAAGCUCAAAUUUAAAAUUUUCAAAUUUCAAGAAUUUCCUGAAUUAUUGAGUUAUCCUAAUUCAUAACUCAAUGCGAACAUUUUCUCAAAAACUCUGAGAUUUUCAGAAUUUUUUACUGAAAAUUUUGGCUGGAAUUCAGUUUCAACCGCAAUUUUCCAGAAUGAAUCAACGAAUAGCCGGACAAUAUGCUGAAGCGAUUCGAGACGCAAAAGCCGGUCGACCUGUUGCGGCUGCCGAGUUACCCAAACUCCCAGAUAUGCCUGAAUUACCACCGCAAGGAUCUGGAACUGGAAGUGCAACUGGCAGUGCUCCAAGACCUACGCAAAAAGGACCUGCACCUGGAAGUUGGUUUUUUUCUGGGAUUUGGGAAUUAGAAAAUGCUGUGACGUGGAAAAAAUAGUCGAUUUUUUACAAAAAAAACUGAAAAAUUAAAUUUUGAAAAAAAACCUGAAAAUUGAAGUUUUUAAAAGUUUUUUCUCAAGGUUUCAUAGCUUCAUUAAAAUUCCUUAAAUUUAAAAAAAUCACGAAAACUGAAUUUUUCAAAAAUUUUGGAUUGAUUUUGCCACGUCAUAACAUUUUUCUAUAGCUCAUUCAAAUUUCCCCUAAAACUAAAAAGAAAGCUGAAAAUUGACCUUUUCAGAAAAUUCAGAAUAAACUGAAUUUUCAGCAUUUCUCUGAAAUUCUUUCGAAAAAACUAUAAAUCAAAAGUUUUUCUGAAAUUGCAGAAAUUUUGGAUUCAUUUUGCCACGUCAUAACAAUUUUCUAUAGCUCAUGAAAUGUUUUUUUCAAAAUUUUUGGUUUCUCAAGCUGAAAGUUCUAUAAAUCAAUAAAAUUAUAGUCAAAAACGUUCAAUUUCACUUUUCCACAAAGCAUUGCUCAUAUUAAAUUAUUAUUAUCCUAACCUGAGCAACCCUAAAUAUUAUUGAGAUAUUACUCAUGUUAGAAGCUUCCGUUAACGGAAAAUUCUAAAUUUUAUGGUAUUGCUCAUGUUAAACAAUAUAUCUGGAGGAGACCUUUAAUCAAAAAUCUUAACAUUGCUCAUAUUAAGAAGCACAAAAUCAAUUUUUCCAGUGAAACCUCCACCAGAAGUUGGCCCUCUUGCUCCAUCCGAUUCCCCGGGAAAAUCUCGAAAUGCCGUGCAACUCGAUUUUUUGCUUCAACGACAAAACGAAUUCAAACAAGCCGCAAUUCUUGCAAAAUCAAAAGGAGACAUUGAUUUGGCCAAAAAAUAUCUGCUAGAAGCCAAAGGUUUCGAUAAAAUGAUUGAAGCGGCGAAAGCUGGUCUACCAGUUAGUAUAAAACAGACACCAAUUCCACCACAAGCAAUGACUUCUGGUGUCACACUUCAACCGAAAAUUCAAGCUGGAGGAGGAUCUGGAAGUGGAAGUGGAUUAGUUGAAAAUAAAGGAGAAAAAUUGGAGUUUUUGGAGAAAGUUUUGAUUGAACAAGUCAAAUUGGCACAAUCGAAUCAAAUGAGAUUUACGAGAUUGGGAGAUGUUGGAAAAGUGAAACUAUUUGAGAGUUGGGCCAAGUCAUCGAAACAGGAUUUGUUGUUGGUUCGAGCGGUUGCACAGCAGAAUUUGAAUAUUCCCAAGUUUCAUUAUGAAUCGCGACAAAUUCCGUCGGCUGAUUUAUUUCCGGAUUUGGCCGAAGAUGCUUUUGAGCUUAUUAUUACGUCUUGCAGGUUUGUUUGGGGAUUUUUGGUCUUUUUUUCAAGAGAGUCUGACAACUGAAUUUUUAUUUUAAAAAAAAUUUAAAAUAAUAAAAUUUUCGCGCAAAAAAAUCCACGUGGCAUUUCAUUUUUCUUAAAAUUUUGGAUUUCUAAAGUUUUCAGUUAAAUUUUUCAAAAUUUUGAAAAAUUUAACUGAAAACUUUAGAAAAUUUCACUCAAAACCUGGAAUUCUAUUCAAAAACUUCAAUUUUCGCGCGAAAAAUCCACGUGGCAUUUUUUUUUGAGAAAUUAGAUAAAAAUUCAGAAUUUUUCAGAACUUCACUCGAAACCUGAAAUUCUAUUGAAGAAAAAAUUAUUCAAAAUGUCAACAAAAAAAAUUCUCGCAAAAAUUCCACGUGAAAGUUUAGCUGAAUUCCUCAAAAUUUCACUGAAAACCUGGAAAUCUAUUGCAAAAAAUAUAUUUUCGCGCGAAAAAUCCACGUGGCAUUUUCUUUUGAGAAAUUAGAUCAAAAUUCAGGGUUUCUCGUUUUUUAACUGAAUUUUCUAUUUAAAUAUUUUUUUGCAAAAUUUCACUAAAAAAUCUACGUGGCAAUUUAUUUUUCUGAAAAAUUUUAGAUUUUUCAAGUUUUCGGCCGAAUUCUUCAAAAUUUCACUAAAAGCCUGGAAUUCUAUUCAAAAACUUCAAUUUUUGUGCAAAAAAAAUCCACGUGGCAUUUCAUUUUUCGGAAAAUUUUGAAUUUUUCAAGUUUUAACUGUAUGAAAAAAUUAUUUUUUUCAAAAUUUCUAAAAAAAAAAUUUCGCGCGAAAAACUUCGUCCCAAAACCCACGUGGCACAUUUUUCUCAAAGUUAUAAUUCAAAUAAUUUUCUACGUCACUUGAUAAAUUUCUGGAAAUUCAUCUGAAAAAAAAGUUAUGACGUGGCAAAACUUUCCAGAAAUGUGCCUCUCCCCUCUGGCUACGAACCGCAUCACGCCAACAUUUUCGUCAAAUACACCUUCCCCUUCCCAAAUGAGACUCCGCAAACGGGAAAAACGAAAACCGUCGCCGGAAAUAUCAACCCGGAAUUCGGCGAAACAAUCAUGUUAUCGAUUGGUGUCGGAAAAACGCGAAAUUCGAAAUUGGCAAGAGCUUUCAAGAGAGGCGGUCUGAAAUUCGAGGUAUUUCAAAAAGGCGGAUUUAUGAGAAGCGACAAAUUGUUGGGAACUUGUGAAUGGAAAUUGGAGAAGUUGGAAACGUCGGCCGAGUUGGAAGAUUCGCUUCCAUUGAGGGUUAGUUGAGAGGUUCUGGAGAAAUGACUCAAGAAAUCCCAAAUUUCAGGACGGCCGAAAAGCUGUUGGCGGUUUGCUUUCCGCUCGUGUCCGCAUCCGCGAACCAAUUGGUGAUGCAAAAGCUCAAACACAAACCCACAAGUGGUUGAUUUUAGAUAAUUAA